GAAAACCCCAAAGCCACCCAGUCUCCUUUCAAACCAAGUAUCCUUUUCCUUCUAUUCUGUCCCCCAUUCCCGUCCUCCCGAGUCCCAGCCCUCCUCCUCACCGGACAUGAGGGCUUGAGCCCUCUUCCCAUAAUGCCUCCGCUCCCCUGCCGCCCCCUCCACAAUCUCCUCCACUUCAGCUUCCUCAUGGGCGGCUCCAAGCACCUUGCGGUGAGAUGUUCCGCCGCCGCAGCUGUGCCCGUCUCCCCUUAUCGCCUUCUCCAUCUCCACACCCGUCGGGGCCUUCUCUUCCAGAGCGCACGAAGUCCCAGCUCCAAAUAUCGACCAAUUUAUCUGAAAUCAGCUCGGUUCUUCUCCGUUAGCCCGGUUAUGCUUAGCAAAGCUGUUCAUCUGCCAAAGCUGGAUGAUAAGAUGAUUGACACAGAGCGACUUGUUAAAUUAAAAUUGAAGUUGGAAGAACUAGGAAUUAAGUGUGGUUCUUGUCAGCCUGGGCAGUAUUCGCAUACGACAUGCCCGCAGUGUAAAGGAGGGCUUUCAGAGGAGAAGAGCCUCUCACUUUUCAUCCGCGAAGAUCUACAGCUGGCCAUGUGGUCAUGUUUCAGAGCUAAAUGUGGUUGGAGAGGUGUUGCAAAGGCCUCUGGAGAGAUGAAGGCAUAUAAUCCUGGGGCAAAUCAGCCUUUGCAAGUUAAGGAGUAUAGAAAAAUCUCAGAAAGGGACCUUCAACUAGAGCCUCUGUGUGAAGAGCUUGUUGCAUACUUCUCUGAGAGAAUGAUAUCAGCAGAAACGCUUCGAAGAAAUGCCGUAUUGCAGCGUAAAUAUAAUAAUCAGAUUGUUAUUGCUUUUACCUAUCGACGAAAUGGAGCUCUUGUAGGCUGCAAGUAUCGUGCAGUCUCCAAAGAAUUUUGGCAGGAAAGGGACACUGAAAAAAUUUUUUAUGGGCUUGAUGAUAUCAAACAAGCCAAUGAUAUUAUAAUUGUUGAGGGCGAAAUGGAUAAGCUUUCUAUGGAAGAGGCUGGCUACCGAAAUUGUGUUAGUGUACCUGAUGGUGCUCCUGCAAAAAUUUCGGAAGAUAUACCUGUGGAGAAAGAGGACAAAAAGUUUCAGUAUAUGUGGACCUGCAAGGAGUAUUUAGAAAAGGCAUCUCGUAUAAUACUAGCAACAGAUGCUGACCCGCCAGGCCAAGCUUUAGCUGAAGAAAUAGCCCGACGUGUUGGUAAAGAAAGAUGCUGGAGAGUCAAGUGGCCCGAGAAAAAUUCUACUGAUGUUUGCAAAGAUGCAAAUGAGGUGCUCAUGUAUUUAGGACCAGAUGCACUGAGAAAAGUUAUAGAGACUGCUGAGUUGUGUCCCAUACGUGGUCUAUUUACCUUCAGUGAUUUCUUCCAUGAGAUUGAUGCUUAUUAUCAUCGCAGUUGUGGAUUUGAACUUGGUGUCCCAACAGGUUGGAAGGCUUUAGAUGAACUAUAUAAUGUUAUGCCUGGAGAGCUGACUGUGAUAACAGGUGUGCCAAAUUCUGGCAAAAGUGAGUGGAUUGAUGCCUUGUUAUGCAAUAUUAGUGAAAGCCAUGGGUGGAAGUUUGUGCUAUGCUCUAUGGAAAACAAGGUUAGGGAGCAUGCAAGGAAGCUUUUGGAGAAACAUGUUAAGAAACCAUUUUUCAAUGCUAGAUAUGGAGGAUCUGUUGAGCGUAUGAGUGUUGAGGAGUUAGAACAAGGGAAAAAAUGGCUGAAUGAUACAUUUCAUCUUAUCCGGUGCGAGGAUGAUUGCCUUCCAUCUAUUAAAUGGGUUCUUACCCUUGCUAAAGCUGCUGUUAUGAGAUAUGGGGUGCGUGGAUUUGUGAUUGACCCAUACAAUGAACUUGAUCACCAACGUCCUGCAAAUCAAACAGAAACUGAGUAUGUGAGUCAGAUGCUUACCAUGAUCAAGCGCUUUGCUCAGCAUCAUUCAUGCCAUGUAUGGUUUGUAGCACAUCCUAGACAGCUACAACACUGGAAAGGUGGUCCGCCUAAUAUGUAUGAUAUUAGUGGAAGCGCACAUUUUAUAAACAAAUGUGACAAUGGUAUUGUGAUUCAUCGUAAUCGAGAUGAAAAUGCUGGGCCUCUUGACCGUGUGCAGGUAUGUGUACGGAAGGUACGAAAUAAGGUUAUUGGAAAUAUUGGAGAGGCUUUCUUGUCGUAUAACCGGGUCACGGGAGAAUUCAUGGAUAUUGAUGACAAGGAUCUGGAAAAUUUGACCUGAUACUUAUUAGCUUACUCGGUGAACAGAGUACUCUGGAAGAAAGGUUAGACUUUUAGCUCAGAGCAGAAACCAGAGCAUGCAAUGUCGGAAGAGUCGGGCACUUCAAUUUUGCUGUAUCUAUUCGCAGAAUUCUUGCAAGGGGUCUGGAGGAAGUUGCACCAUCAUUGUGUAUAGAGUCACUGCUAGAAGUUCACUCAUUUAAGCUAGGUUGCUUAGGCUUUGAUAUUCACCUAAGCUCAUCUAUGUUGUUUCCACACUGUACAUGCUUGUAUAUCUGAAACAACUACAAGACACUAUGUGGGUAGAAUCCAUGUCACUAAAAUUUUCUCUUUUUAUUCUCGUGGUUGUAAAAUUUUGGUCUACCUUCCUUGUAGCCUUCUCAGACUCCCGUCCCCAGAGACGACCCAUGAGAGUUGCAUAAGAUUGGGUUUAUUUUUAU